AUGACUAGUACGUUAAGUCCUCAUCAUUUCAAGAGAAGUCUCAAUCGUUAUCAUUUCCCAAGUAGUACCAUUCGUACACCUCGUGUCUUUCCACAUAAUGUUCAAAGUGUACCACUUAGUCCAUCACGUCUUGAAAGUCCCAUGUUUCAAGAACGAGUUUCAACUUUAAUGCAACAAGGCGACACAUAUGCUAAACAACUUGAUACUGAACGUCGUCGAUCUAUUGAUCUCACUACAGCAAUUGAAACACUUGAAUUGGAAGCUUUUCAAGCUCGAAAAACACUUUAUGGUACCACAAAUUCCCAACAGUGUACCGCAACAACGGAACUUAAGUCAAUUGGUACACUUGAAAGUCGUCUUGAUAAAGUUUUAAUACGGUACAAUGAAAUGUGCCAUUCAAAUAAGGUACUUCGUACCCAAAUUCAAACAUUACGGCGUGAGAAAGUGCAAUCUGAUGGUGUAUGUGCCAAAUUGGAACGAGAGACAGUGCAAGUACGAGAUGAAUGUACCCAAGUGAUACAAGCAACUCAAGCUGCAAGUGAUGGACGAGAUCGAGCUAAUGAACAAAGUGAAACCUUACGAUAUCAAAUCCAUGAAGAAAAUAAUCAUUUUGAAUUGGAAUGGUACGAAAAGACAAAGCAAUUGACGGCAGAUCGUAAUUUAAUGCGGGAAUAUCAACGAACAGCACGAGGUACCAGUCCAAGUGUACCACGAGGCAACGGAUUAAAGUUGCUCACAACACCGGAUUUAAAGUUGCGCGAGGAAACUCAACAACAUGAAACAUUGUUGCAGGCAAAAGCAACCGAUUUGCAAGUGCAAAGUGAUACUUUGCAUACACUUCAGACAACAUUGACAAUUAUUAAACAAAAAACUGGCGAAUCAGAUGCUCAAAUUGUGGCAGCUGCACUUGUGGCGGCUGAUGACAAAAGUUUUUCAUUGUGUAAUUUAAUAAAUGAAUUGCAUUUGGAAAUGAAAGAAUUGGAGAGUGAAGUGCAAAGAUUAGAAAUAGCAGUGGCGAAUGCAACUCAAGAACAUGCCACUGGAUUGGCAGAUGAUGCAACAAGACACAGUCGAAAGCAACAAGUUGAUGAGCAAAUUGAAAUGUCACGACAAAAAGUGAUUCAACUUGAAAAAAGUCAAAAAGAAGGAGCUGAAACGUUAGAAAUGAUGCGAAUUGGUGCUUUAGGACUAUUUCACAAGUUGCAAGGACCAAAUGAUGAUGCUUUGGCUAGUCAAUUAGUCACACACGGUACUACAGAUCUUAAUAUGACAAAAUUACUUGGUGUUAUUGAACAACGCAUAGGUGAGUUAGUGGAUAUUCAUAAUAUUGCAACAAAUGCACCAUUUGCAGCUUUAGGAGCCCAAAAACCUACUCAGAAAACAGAAGUGGCAAAUUCUGGUGUUCAUUCGACACGUUUGUCGCGAAAUCAUGAACGUCGUCGAAAUGUUCAAAUGAAUGCAUUGCGUCGUCCAACACCUCCAACAGUAGAAGAUUUUGAAAUGGAUUUGGACGAACCACAAGACGAUGUACGACCAUGUCGAAUUUCGGAAAUUCACGAAACAAUGACAGGACGAUGUUUACGGAAAUAUCGAGCAAAGAAAUAG